AUGAUUUCAAAAGAUGCAGCAAUUCAAGUUGUUGCUGUAGAAACCAAUCAAAUUACUUUCAGCAUGAAAACGAGACUGGCCGUGUAUGUUUUUAUAUAUUCAAGCUUGACUUUACUUAUUAAUUAUAUCCUCUACAAUCACUUUAAGCAUGAUUCAUUGGAUCAGGUGGACAAGUUAUGCAGCCCUACCUCCGAAAUAAGCGAAGAGUCCAAUAGGGAGGAAAACAUCCCACUCCCGUCUGUAAGCACUAAUUAUAGUUGCACUAAACCGGUAAAAAGCAUAGUGUAUUUGAAAACGCAUAAAACUGGUUCGACGAGCUGGAAAAGCGUGUUUUUGUUUUACGGAGAGAAAAGAAAUCUAACUAUUUGUAUGGACUCGGUGAACAAAUGGCAGUUAAAUUGGCCAUAUCGUAUCCAUAUUGAACGAAUUAUAAAAGCACACUACGAAAAAUGUGACAUUCUUGCUGACGAGAUGGUUUACGAUGAAGAAACAGUGCGAAAACUUAUGCCAUCCACGUAUAUUACCAUUACAUCUGUUCGCCAUCCGAUCGAGCAUUUCUUUUCCAUGUAUAGAUAUGUUGGGCUACACAAAGCAGUGGAGAGGCUAACGAAUAAAACCUUAGAGAAGUUUGAGGCGAUGAGAAUCUUCUUUAAGCAUCCUCUGCUUUUACAAAACAUUUGGGCAACAUAUUCUUACCAACCGAACGUCCAGCUAAUACAGCCUAAUCUUCAGCUAUAUACACUUGGACUAAACACUACCAAUCCCCAGCAAAUUUUAAAGAUGUCUAACAAGAUAAACUACUUUAUCAUCAGCGAAUUCAAUGAUGAGUCCCUUGUACUACUGAAGAAAGGUAUGUGUUGUCAAUUUGAAGACCUCUUGUACAGAAAACAGAACGUUGGAAGAAGUGGAAAGAAGGAGGAGAUUGUUCCCAAAGAUAUCGAAGAGUCUAUUUUAAAAUUCAAUCAAGGAGAUCUUAUCUUGUAUAAUAUAGCAUUGAAAAGAUAUAGACAGCAAGUCAAAGCAUAUCACCAUUUUGAGAAUGAUGUGAAAGUGUUUCGAGAAAAACAGAAAAUUUAUCAAGAUACGUGUUUGUAUUUGGAAAAGAAGAAAGAUCCCUCACUAAACAAAAAAUGUAUUCCGAAAGACUUCCAAACAUAUUUUCGCGACGUUCAUGAGCGCCAGAAGUCGAGAUUAACGAAGAGUUUAAAAGCACAUGGUUUUGUUGAAGCAAAAGACAAAAAUAAAAAAACCUUGGAUUUUAAUUAUCAAACCACCGGUUAUGCAAAUACUCAUGGACAAUUUUAA